CAAAAAACACAAUCUGUCUGUCACUAAAUUUUCAUCGAGUAAUUUUUGAAGUCGUAUCAGAAUCAGAACAGAAGUAUAGAAAAGAAAAAAUAUAAUUUGUGGAAAGUAAAAAAUAAAUCGAUUGAGAGUGAGACCAUAUUACACAAAUAAAAUCUUACGACAAAGCAAUUAUGGGCAAUACAGAUUCGAAAUUAAAUUUCCGAAAAGCAAUAGUUCAACUUACAACGAAAAAUCAAACUAUCGAUUCCAAUGAUGAUGUUUUCUGGGAUCAGUUUUGGAAUGGCCACACUACUAACUUGGAGGACGUAUUUGCUUUGGUAACAGCUGCCGAAAUACGAAAUUUGCGCACUGAAAAUCCUUCGAACUUGGCCACUCUAUGCUACAAAGCUGUUGAGAAACUAGCAGCUGCGGUUGAUAGCAGCUGCCGUACUCAAGCCGAGCAACAGUGCGUUCUUAAUUGCGUUCGUUUGCUUAUACGCAUUUUGCCAUACAUAUUUGAGGAUGCAGAAUGGAAACACUUUUUCUGGUCAUCAUUGCCGGGCCCCAAUGAUAACCAGAAAGAAAACACCUCGGAAACUCCACUCGCACAGAGUUUGCUCAAUGCUAUUUGUGAUUUACUCUUCUGUCCGGAUUUCACUGUUGUUGUAACAAGGAAGUCAGGUCCCGAAAAGGCCGAUGAAUUAGCAAACAUUGAUUCGUGCGAGUACAUCUGGGAAGCAGGUGUAGGAUUCGCUCAUUCUCCACCGAAAAAUGCACAUUUGGAACGACGGCGAUCAGAACUUCUUAAACUAUUGUUGACUUGCUUUAGCGAACCAAUUUACAGAUUGCCAAAUCAAACAGAAGAACCUAACAAAUGGAUAGCGUAUUUUACGAGCGCCGAUAAUCGUCAUGCGUUGCCUUUGUUUACAUCGUUUUUAAAUACAGUAUGUGCGUAUGACCCUGUGGGCUUUGGUGUUCCAUACAAUCAUUUGCUUUUCUCAGACACCACAGAACCUCUGGUGGAAGCGUGUCUUCAAAUUCUUAUUGUUACCCUUGAUCAUGAUAUGAUCAUGCACUCGGGAGGAAACUUCGAUGAAGGGUUCGGAGAUAAUUUGUUUAUUAAUUAUUUAUCUCGGGUACAUCGCGAUGAGGAUUUCUUGUUUAUUCUUAAAGGAAUCACAAGACUUCUUAAUAAUCCACUUGUUCAAAAUUAUCUUCCAAACUCUACUAAGCGCCUACACUGUCAUCAGGAGUUGCUGAUUCUCUUUUGGAAGAUUUGCGACUAUAACAAAAAGUUCCUGUAUUUUGUUUUGAAAAGCAGCGAUGUACUUGAUAUCCUCAUACCUAUUCUCUACCAUUUAAAUUAUUCCCGUGCCGACCAGUCUCGUGUGGGAUUGAUGCAUAUUGGAGUCUUCAUUCUCCUGCUACUUUCUGGAGAGAGGAACUUUGGAGUCCGCUUAAAUAAACCAUAUACCGCUACAGUACCGAUGGAUAUUCCUGUUUUCACAGGAACUCAUGCUGAUCUUCUUAUCACGGUGUUCCAUAAGAUUAUCGCUACUGGCCAUCAAAGACUACAACCUCUCUUCGACUGUCUACUAACUAUUCUCGUGAACGUAUCACCUUAUUUGAAAACCUUAUCAAUGGUUGCCAGUGUAAAGCUGUUGCAUCUUUUAGAAGCUUUUAGCACACCAUGGUUUUUAUUAUCGGCGCCAUCAAAUCAUCAUUUGGUAUUUUUCCUUCUCGAAAUUUUCAAUAACAUUAUUCAAUAUCAAUUCGAUGGAAAUUCUAAUUUAGUCUAUACUAUAAUCAGGAAGAGACAUGUUUUUCAUGCUAUGGCUAACCUUCCCUCAGACAUGGCGGGAAUUGCUAAAUGCUUGAGUACAAGGAAGUUCGGUAAAUUUAACCUGCCCCCAGUGCCCGAGGCAAUGGUUAAGCAAAUUGCAUCCACAAUACCAGUUCCACCAGAGGAUCCGCUAACUGAAGAAGAAUCUGAAGUUGAAUCGAUUGAUAAUAAAGAUGAAUCAACUAUGGAAGGUUCCCGACCAGCUCUCCCAGCAGAACCGGGCACCCUUAAAACCUCUCUGCUCGAUACCCCAGGCAUAAAUCAAAUGACCGAACGUGAAACUGCCCAUCCAAGCAGUCCACCUGAAGGAAGUAUGUCAAUUGAAGGGUCAGCAGCAGUUAUUGCUGUGCAAGGGUCAGGCUCACCAUCUGAGUCUAGGUCAAAUACGCCACCUCCAAAAGAACUCACAUCGAAACUUUCCAUAAAUACGCGUGGAAGCAUUCGUAUGGUGCCAUCGAAUCAAGAUCGAUGGACUCCUACACCUGAAUGGAUCGUGUCUUGGCGUUCCAAAUUACCACUUCAGACAAUUAUGAGAUUACUACAGGUCUUGGUACCACAAGUCGAAAAAAUAUGCAUCGACAAAGGUCUCACUGAUGAAUCGGAAAUUUUGAAGUUCCUUCAGCAUGGAACACUGGUGGGUUUAUUGCCAGUGCCGCAUCCAAUUUUAAUCAGAAAAUACCAAGCGAAUAGCGGCACCACUGCAUGGUUUAGAACAUACAUUUGGGGUGUCAUAUAUUUAAGGAACGUCGAACCAGCGAUAUGGUAUGAUACAGAAGUUAAGCUAUUUGAAAUUCAAAGGGUAUAGGAAUAAUUCUUAAAUUAUAUUAUAUUAAUGAUGUGUGUUUGCAUAAGACAUAGACACGUAUCUACACAUAAGUAUUUUAUAAUAAGCAUUUAUAAGCAGUUAUUUUUAUUUUGAAGAUUUGUUUUACUAUCGUAUACAUAUAUCAUUUAUCUGUAUUUGCAAACAGGGCACAGAUGUAUAAAUACCAAACUGAAUGUUUAAAAAAAAUUGUUAUUGCUUGAGUAAAUAUUAGUCUUCGAUAAUGCAGAAACAGAUUUAUUUGUUUAAAUGUUGUUAUUGUUAUUAUUUAUGUACGUAUUUUGUGUUCCUUUAUCUGACAAAAUAUUCCCUUUUAAUUAUUUUGUGCUUUAAAUUUCUGUAAACGAGAGCUUACACAUUUUGCCGACAUAUCUGAUAAUUUCCUUUUUUAAUUUUAGGCGUGCGACUGAAAGCGCAUUGGUUUCUUUUAUAGAAGUUUUUUUUUUUUAUUGAAUAUAUACAUCUUUAAAAUGUUCGAACAAUAUUUUCAAACACAAGAUAUUGUGAGAAAUAUUACGAUUUUUGAAAUAUUAAUUUUCCUGUCUAUCUUAAGUUAAAACACUUUAAAUAAUUUGUCAAGAUAAUAGUUAUAUUUUUUGUAGCAAAGAAUAAUUAACGAAAUAUAUUUUAAAAUUCCAUUAAUUCAGCAUUUUUUAAGUUAUUUAUCAACCUUUCUUUACUACUCCAUAUACUCUAAACGUUCGAUUCACGUGAAUCUUUGAUUUAACUUAAGAUUACUUUCAAAAUAUUUUUUUAUAUUUUUGAAAUUAUGUUUGUUAUGAAACCUUCACUUUUGGUAUUUUAAGAAGAUUUCAGAUGCAGAAAUUUAAUGUUUAUCUCUUCGCCUUCGAAUUUUGAACCAAUCCAUUUUCGGCAAAUAACAGAAGAGAUUUACGUGAAAACUUAUCCAAUAAUGGUUGAUCCUUACGGUCAGAUAUCAGUUUUUAUAGAUAUAGAAGCAGUGUGUAUAUGUGUAAGGAAAUAUCUGGUGUUGUGAACUCGACACGUCAUUUAACUAAGAAUUGACUUUUGUUUUAAUUUGAAUAAAAUUAUUAUAAUGAAAUAAGAACUUCAAUUAAAUAUUGCCACCAUUAGUAAAUGUCGAAAAAAUUAAUUUCAAUAUGUAUAUUUCCUCUUUCAUAAUAAUAAUGACUAAUAUUAGAUUAAAUUAUAAUAUAGUCUAAUUUUUGUGUUCUACUUCAUAUCCUUUAAAAGUUUAUUUAUAUUUUUAAGUCUGAUUCCGCAUUGUCUAGUUUAAGAUACACCGUUUUUCUAUAUUAUUCCAAAUUAUUUAUAAAGACUAUUAGUUUAAAGUGUAAAAAUCAAAAAAAUCCUUUUUAAAAAAAUGUCCUAUUAUUGCUUAUCUCUUCUAAGUUUAUAUGAAUAUGCAUAUGUAUGACAAAAAUAUAAAUUUAUUGGUGAAAUAUUCUUUUUAUCCAUCAAUUAUUUUUCAUAGAGAUAUUCACAAAAUUGAUAACUAUCAUCUCACAAGUUAUACAAAAUACAUAUAUUAUUCGUGAACCUAUUCUUAAUCUUGUAAAUUUAUAAUUAUAUGCUGUCAACAUUUUAUUGAUAAUCAUAAAAUCUGUAUUCCAAAACAUUAAUAAAAAAUAUUAAUACUUAAAAACUUAAAAUAUAA